ACAUGUAACAUUGCCUCCCCUGACAAGCCGUGAUGGUGCAAGGCCUAAAUUCUUUUCCUUUUUUUUAAGCAAGCCACGCAUAUUUCAGCUGAACUUUCUGCUAUUUUUUUUUUUUACUUUUGACUCUAUAUGCCAACAUUUGCCAACUUAGCUUGAGGCUCCUAUUAUCCUGCUGAUACAGACUGCUACCAGGAAACACACAUGUCUGUAGCUAGUAUCUCUUUGCCCUCGUGCAUUCAUCUUGUUUACUGCCCCUGUAUAACGGCAAGUUAAGUCUAUGGACAAGAUGUACUGUGCCCAGCAAAUCAGCAUCCCCACUGAGCUGCCCAACCUCCUCAAAAACUUCACGAAGGCAGCCAUCCGAACGCAGCCCAAGGAUCUGCUGCUGUGGUCUGCGGCAUACUUCAGUGCACUCUCUGCAGGAGAGCGUUUGCCUGUCAAGGACCGGCUGGAGAUGAACGUUGCCACACAGAAGACAGACACUGGGCUGACUCCGGGUCUACUUAAGACUCUUCACAAACAGCUGUCCCUGGGGGAAACUUGCAGCAAGGAGGAACUGCAGAAGAAAUGGAAGGGUCUCUGUCUACCAGUGGAUCAGCUGGAGACCCUGCUGUCGCUGGGGAGCUUCAGCUCAGACAUUGACUGGAUGGAGUUUCUCGCCCUGGGCUGCAGUGCCCUGGGAGGGUCUCUGUAUACACUUCCUCAGACCCUCAUGAGUUCCCUGAAGUUUGCCUGUGAGAUCCUGACUGAGGAGGAGGAGGGCGGGGCCGCAAGGAUCCCAUUCGACACCUUUGUCAAACUCUACACUUACUUGGCUCAGCUGGAUGGGGACAUACCACGGGACCACAUUGACAACUUCCUCAGCAGCCUGCAGCCACAAGUGGAGCUCCAACAUGGGAUGAUAACGCCUCUGGACUUCAUCCAUCGAGACUACGUGUACCAAACUCCUCCUGACUCAUCAACCCUGGCCGGAGCAACGUCGAGAGAUGAUGAAGAAUUAUGAAAGACAGCAGCUUUAAAAUGAAACUGUCUAUCAAUGAGAGCUGAGCCAAAUCCUCAAUGAUCUGUUGGCGCAUUGUCAAGGUGUAUCGAAAAGAGAAUUUGCCUACCACUACACCGUAUAUCAUGUUCAAAAUUUGCUGGAAACAUGGAUGUAAUGCUUAUUGACACAACCCAUAUUUUUCGCAAGAAAUAUUUUACACUGAGGAUUUGUGUUUAACAUCUUAAUGAUGAGGUGGGACGAGGACAAGCACUCGUCAAUCAAGCGAACACCUCCAAAGCCUCAUUAUCCACUUAAUGUAAAAAUAAUCCUCACUGUGACACACAAGCUGGUGGGAAAUUAAUUAUUUAGACUUGAACUUGAAGAAAUGUGUGUAUUUCAAGUAAAGUUGGUGAAAUGUUCCCACUGAUUCCAACACGCUGUUAUUUCACCUACACAGUGGCUUUACCCCGUGGCCUCACCAUUACAGCGAGGUUAUGUGUGGGCGUGUGUGGACAAACAAGUUCAUCUGCAAGGUGGCUUGGACUUUUAUCAUCAAGUGUAACUCAGUGCUGUCACACCUAAUUGUUUUCGCCUCAUUUGUGAGAAAAUGUCCUAAUUCGCAUGACGGUAUAUAUCGUUAAAUCCUAUGUCUAUGUUUUUUGUGACUUUUGUUUAUGGUCUGAGAUAAUUUGCAGAAUAUUGUGACCACAAAUUAAUUUACUCUGUCCAGGAAGUUUUUACAUAUGCAAACAGGCAUCUCAAACAGAACUUAAUUAAGCGCCAUUGGAGGCUGAUUACUUAAUUAAAACUUAAUUCAACUGAGA